GCCACGUGUGCUCUAUCUAUCUAUCUAACUUUGCCUUCCCGACCCAACUCAAAUGGAAUGCACAACCACUUUAUUUAUUUACAGCACUGUUGCUGAACAAGACACACCAGCCAGCCAGCAAUUGAAUCAUGGUUGUGUUAACAGCUGAUUAUUCUUCCACCUCCACCCCCCUUUGCUUCUUCCGAUUCAGAUUCAGACAAACACAAUUCAAUUUCAAUUCUGGUCGUCGCCAAUUCUGUAAAGCCACUCUCAUCACUAAUUCUGAUUCUUUCGAGGUCGGGAGGCUCAUCGGCAGCUAUGGCUUCAUGAAUGUUACCAGUUACUCAGGGUUGCAAUCGCCCAUGGACUUGGAAUAUUUGAGGCGGAGUCAAGAUGUUGGAGAAGGAAGUGUUAAGAUCAGACUUUAUGAAGGAAGAAUAGCUCAGGGGCCGCUUAGAGGUACCCCUAUCAUUUUUAAGGUUUACCGUGGCCAACAAGUUGGUGGGCUGGAAGCUGAUCUGAUGGCUUCGAAUGAGCUCAGUGCCCACGCUUCCCUUCAGAACAAUUCAAAAGCCAUGGCCUGCCAGAAUAUUCAGAUACUUCUUGGAGGAUUUGAGACAAAAACUGGUGAGCAGUGGCUUGCUUUCCGGAAUGAUGGAAAGUACACUGCUGCUGACUAUGCAAAAGUCUCAAGUGAAAAGAUAUCAAGAGACAGUGAUGUUGGAGGACUGAAACUUUGGAAUAUUUUUGAAAAAGAUGAAACUAUAAAGAGGAGGAGAUACUUUGUUACUAAACUGCUUCAGGGUGCUAUCAGAGGCCUCGUGUACAUGCAUGACCACGACAGAUUGCAUCAAAGUCUUGGACCUGCUUCAGUUGUUCUCAAUACAAUGGUGGAGAAAGAUGCUGCUUAUCUGGUCCCAAGGCUUCGAGAUCUCGCCUUCUCAGUUGAUGUAAGGUAUUCUGAGCUAGAGGGAGAUUCGAGUAGACUGUCAGAAGGACUCUGGAGAAGGGCAUCUGCUGCAGGUGCUUUCACUCCCCUGGAGAAACGAGCAUUUGGGAUAGCAGAUGACAUAUAUGAAGCUGGUCUUCUAAUUGCAUAUAUGGCUUUUGUUCCAUUUUGUGAAGCAGGAGUGAUGGACAGUCUGUCGCUGCGAAGGCUUGUGGAGAACACAUUCCAACUUGAUGUGGAGGCCAUGAGAGAAUACUGUAUAGCUGAUGAGCGUUUGGGUGAAGCUGUAAAAUUCCUGGAUGUUGGUAAAGGGGCUGGAUGGGAGUUGGUUCAGGCAAUGAUAAAGCAUGAUUAUCGGGAGAGGCCGAUCGCAGAGGCAGUACUCAACCAUAGAUUUAUGGGAGGAGCUUUCCUUUAGGCUUUAGCACAAGACUCAUACUCACCCUUUUUGUUCUUGUAGUAGUAAUCAAUCAAGAAUGCAAAGGUUUUGUUGUGUUGAGUGAGUCCGAGUUUUGUAAUAUAACAAAGAAUGAAUUGGGGUCUCCUUGUAGGGCUUGUGGUGUAUGUAUGUCUCAUUGUCUUGGAAAGGAAUUACACUAUAUUACUUAUGGAGCAAAGCACCUUAAACUUUGACAAAUGAGUAGUGAUGUGGAUAUGUUGUUUUGUUUCUUUAUUAAUAAUAAUUGUUGGAGAGCGUUAUUAAUAAUUUACUUAAAACAAGAUGGAAAAGUGUUGAUAGUGAUUUGGGUGUGUUGAGGUUGAGUUGAUGAUAUGUGGGUCAACACUCAACACAACACAACGCAACAGACUAGAUACCAUUACUACUUAUAUAUUAGAAGAAACUAAAGUCGCUAUGACCAGCAAAACAUCUCCAGCGACUCUUUCCAUAAACGCAACUGUCUCUAUAAUCAUUCAUUAUUAUUAUUAUUAGAUUAGACAAUUCAAGAAGAAGAAGAAGAAGAAGGAGAGAGGGAGAGAGGCAGAGAGGGAUAAUAGAUUAGAGUUCCCCACUUCCAAUUCCCAAUUCUCAAUUCCCAAUUCCAAAUUCCCAAUUCCCCCCGAAUGAAUUAGAUUAGAUUCGAUUAGAUCAUGUGAUAAGUGAUAUCAAGCUUCCUUUCUCUUCUGCACUCUUUCUUCCAUCUAUGCCACUCACGACGACGUUAACAGGCAUAAUUGGCUUUCAUUAUUAAAUUGUUACAAGGGAUUUUCACCUUAUUCUGGUCGCCCCCAAUUGCUAUCCUGAGUUUUUCCGUAGGAUUUCCAAGGCUGCAUGGCUGCUGUGGCUAAUGUUGUGUGAAUGG